CGACCGACACCAUCUACUACCCGCGACAUCCUGCGACUGGCUGCAACACCACAGCACAACACAACCACAACACAAUCACAACACCACAACACCACGACACCAGCCUCGACACAAUGCGCUCCACUGCUACCACCCUCCUCUUCGCCUUCUUCGGCCUCCUGCCAGUCGCCCUGGCGGUCUCGAUAGAACCAAAUGUGCACUGCAAGAAUAAUGUGUGCGCCUGUUGCCAGGACAAAUUUGUUGAGACCGGAGAGCCUUAUCGGGGGUAUUGUCACAAUUACGAAGACGAUCCCUAUUGUUGGCCGGAGGACGACAACCACCACGACAAAUGGCCCAGUGGGACUUAUGAAGGUGAGGGAUAUCCUUGCGGAUUCCCGUGCGUGCCGAGGUAAAAUUCCCCUGCUCUGGCUCGAGAGCGAGAAGGAGUCCAUUGCGUUUCGGGCAUUGCUACACGGCGGCGUGGCAUCUGGAACUCUUGUCGGCUGAGUCCGGUGCCGGCACGAACGGAGGCGGUCACCGCCACUGAAAGAGUGAUGGAUUGUAAUGCUCGGAUUCCUUUUGGUCUCGGUGAUUUCCGCGUGGGAAGAAGGAUGUUUCAUUUGUGUGACAAAGUUCGCCGCUGGGAGUGAGUUGGGCUCUGAUGACGAGACGGUCCGUUUCGUUGUUAUUGCUUCCAAUCAUGUAGUCGUAUUCAAGUGCGCUCGGAUUCUCGGUGUGUUGUCCUG